CAUCCGUAGAUGUAAACACGGCUUAAUUUCAUACUGAAUGUGUCUAAUGUGUCUAUGCCUUAUUUUUAUGGUUAAUGUUGGCAACACUAAAUUUUAUAUCUCUCUUCCUCAUCACACUCUCACCAACUCGUACUGGUUUUUGUAAAUAUUGUGUUUUUAUAAAUAAAAGUCAAGAUUAAAGUACAAAAUCUUGUUAUUUGUAUGUUCCACGAACAUAAAUGGUGCCGAAACUCUAUAAACAAGCUUCGACAAUAAACUUCGAGCAACGAAACCACACCUUCGCCGGCCGGCAAGAAAAGUAAGCUGAUUUCACUACAUAUUGCUGAACAUACACUUGCACAAGAAUAAAUAAAUCGAAGGCCAAUCAAUACACUAUUGUGCCAUAUUGAUUUGCAAGUCGCAGUAGCCAAAAGUGAACAAUUUUAUUCAACUUUGCAAGAAAAUAACCGGCCGCCAUUUUGGUUCCCUUUACUUUGCAUCGAGAAAAAAUAUCACCACGCCCUGCCAUUUUUCGCCAUGACCAUGGAUAGCGAUUCGGCUGAAAAGGAAGUGGACAAGAACGCAAGGAAAGGUAUCAUAAGAAAAAUCGCACAGUGUAAAGCGUCGUUGACAAAGGCAGAAAAUUUUAUCCGCACAUUGGAAUCGCCAAUCAACAAGGACGUGGUAUCUGCGCGGCUACAACAACUGCAGGAGGUGCUGCCAAGGCAUGAGCAGCUACUGAUCGAAUUAAGUACUUUGGACGACACCCUUGAUGAAGACUAUUUCGGAAACGACGCGUUCGAGGACCGGUAUUUGGCGAUCGUGGCGAGCCUUCGAGGCCUACUGGCGCCGCAGCCGCCGUCGCCGGCUCCAGCAUCGGGCGCGCAGCAGUCUACAGACGCGUGCGCUACCAGUGUGAGGCUGCCAGAAAUAGACAUUCCUGCGUUUGACGGCAAGGACUACACAAAAUACCACUCGUUCAUCGAACUCUUUAGUGCAGUGAUAGAUAAUAAUUCUAAAUUAGCCGCAAUUCAAAAGCUUUUCUAUCUUAGAAAAUACUUAAAAGGUGAGCCAUUGUCAUUAAUCGAAGGAUUACCCGUCACCGGGGACUCGUAUGGAAAAGCUCUUGAAUUGUUGAGAAAUAGAUAUGACAAUAAGUUUCUUAUUAUCACUAACCAUGUACAAGAGCUGCUAGACUUCAAUCCACUAGUAAAGGGAGCGGCUACCAACUUAAGAGAGUUAGUGUCACAUGCUCGCCAGCACUUAGGUGCACUGAAAACAUUAGGACAACCGACCGACAGCUGGGACAUGAUAGUUUUACCCAUUUUGUUGCGAAAGGUCGACCAGUUUACUUGCAGAGCCUAUCAUUCGGAGCGUGACACCACAAAGCUGCCCCUACUGGAUGACUUCUUCGCUUUUGUGGAGCGGAGAGCUAGCAGCUUCGAGGAGAGCCAAAGAAGUGAAGGUAAGAGCAACAAUAAUAAUAACACUUACAAAACUAAAGUGUCAAACUAUGCAAGCAAAACUGCCACACAGUCGUGGUCUUGCAAAUAUUGUAGUGAGCAAACACAUAGAUUAUUCAAAUGUGACAAAUUUCUAGCCAUCUCACCAGAGGAAAGGCUCAAUUUCAUUUCACAAAAUAAUUUAUGCAAAAUAUGUUUCAAUUCUCACACAAAUAAAUGUAAAUUUCACUUCAAAUGUGAACAGUGCAAGGACAAAUCGCAUAAUACUCUCUUGCACUGCAAUGAAAAAGUAUCAAUGCACAGUAAUUCUAAUGUUAGCACAAUAUUGCUGCCCACCAUCAAGGCCAAAGUGCUCUGCCGGGAUGGCAAAUCACACAAAGUAGUCCGGGGACUAGUUGACAGUGGCAGCCAAGUGUCAUUUAUGACAGCUGACUUAGCAAAAGCAUUGCAAUUACCGCUAAUUGAUAGCAAUUUAAAUAUCACAGCCUUGGGGAAACAAAACAAAACAACCUCAAAAGCUGUCAAUGCUGAAUUUGUGUCACUUCAAAAUAAUUAUAAGUGCCAAGUUAAUUGUUCCAUAGUGGACCAAAUUACAACCAAGCUGCCACAGCAACAAACAGUCACCUAUGGACUCAAGAGCUCAAGCUACCUGGCCACCAGAUGUCUCCAGGAGUUAGCAGACCGGUUUGGGAGCAAUAUGCCGCUUGCUGCUGAGGUCAUCCGGACAGCCAUGUACGUUGACGAUGCUCUUUUUGGAGCACAGACCAUCGAUGAAGCUCUUGAGGUUUAAGGCUCAAGCAGCCAGCCAGUUUAUGGGAUCCCUGCCCUCCGAUCGCGUCACCGAGAGCCACCCGUUCGACAAAGUUGGAAUCGACUUCUGUGGUCCGUUUCAAGUAAAACAAUCGGGCAUGCGGAGGGCCGUUGUCACCAAAGGCUACACACUGGUAAUUGUUUGCUUCGCCACUAAGGCUGUCCACCUUGAGCUAGUUUCAGACAUGACAACUCAAACAUUCUUAGCAGCCUUAAAAAGAUUCAUUGGCAGACGCGGUAUUCCCGCCAUUAUUAAUUGCGAUAAUGCACAAACGUUUAAAGGAGCCGACAACGUGCUCCACGACUUGUAUAAAUUAGUCAAUUCCAAAAAGCAUCAAUCUCAAGUGAGUGUGGCUGCUGUAGAGAAAGGAAUAACCUUUCGCUACAUCCCCUCCUACUCCCCCAACCACGGAGGCCUCUGGGAGGCCGCCGUUAAGAGUUUUAAGUUCCAUUUCAAAAGAGUGGUGGGGGAGAAUAAAUUCACGUACGAAGAAUUGACCACUAUUUUAUCCGAAAUAGAGGGUAUCCUGAAUUCCAGGCCCCUCACGCCGCUUUCAAGCGACCCUGCAGACCUAACAGCCCUAACCCCAGGACACUUCCUGACUGGUCGUCCACUCAUAUGUAUCCCUGAGCCGGAUCUAACCGAUAUCCCUCUAAAUAGACUAAGAUUCUGGAGGCGCUGUACUCAGGUCAAGCAACAUUUUUGGAAAGCCUGGUACAGCCAAUAUUUAUCGCAGCUAAAUGUUAGAAACAAGUGGAGCAAACAGUUACCAGAUGUGGAAGAAGGCAGUUUAGUUUUACUAAAAGGAGACAACGUUCCCCCGCUGCAGUGGCCCAUGGCGCGAGUGACGCGGGUGUUUCGGGGAAGCGAUGGGAGGGUAAGGGUCGCGGAGCUCAAAACCGCUACUGGUCUAACCCGUAGGUCUAUUAAUAAAAUGUGUAUCCUUCCCAUAGAUUAUUAAGUAACAAGCCAUUUUAAAACUGUUAAAUAAUUUUUAACCAUAGGUUUUUAAGCAAAUGUUAACUUGUAGUUAUGACAUGCGAAUUUUAUUAAAUAUUUAUGGCAAUUUUGAGUCUGUAAACUGUGAUAACUAAGUAGUAAUAUGUAUAGGGUGUUACUUAAACUUAAGAAUAAAGAUUUAAUUAAGAUAUAACUUCAAUUGUAUCAUGCAAGUCAUUACUAAUGUAACUUCAUGACUAUUACUGUAACUGCAUAACUAUUAACGUAACUGCAUAACUAUUAAUGUAACUGCAUAGCUAUUUUUGUAACCUUUUGCCCGGGAGAAUGUCCACAUCCGUAGAUGUAAACACGGCUUAAUUUCAUACUGAAUGUGUCUAAUGUGUCUAUGCCUUAUUUUUAUGGUUAAUGUUGGCAACACUAAAUUUUAUAUCUCUCUUCCUCAUCACACUCUCACCAACUCGUACUGGUUUUUGUAAAUAUUGUGUUUUUAUAAAUAAAAGUCAAGAUUAAAGUACAAAAUCUUGUUAUUUGUAUG